UACACGGUGAAUACAUCCACUGGAACAAGAGUGACGUGCUUACUUUGUUUUCUUUAUUACAGAUCAACCUGAAAACGUCCGCUUAACAAUGAAUGCAACAAGCAGAGUGUGUAAAGGAGUUGUAAUAAACUUCACAUGCACUGCUGAAGCUAACCCAGCAGUGCACACUUAUUUGUUGUAUGACAAUGAUACUGUUAUUGAAAAUAUGGGAAUAUCAGGAACCUUGAUAAAAACAUUGGACGAUGCUGGCCAGUUUGUUUUCAGAUGUGAGGCUAAUAAUUCCGUCCUGGAAGAGAUUUUCCCGGCAUCUGUGGAGCAGGUCGAAAAUGAAGUUGUCAAAGAAGGCGGAGAUGUGGAAGUGUACUGUAAUGUGACUGCAGGUACUCCUGUUCCAACUGAUAUGUGGACAAAAGUCGCGACUCGUGAGCACAUCGAGGGAAACCCAUUGAACAUCACUAACAUCACCAGAGCUCAAGCUGGAGAAUACAAGUGCACUGCAAACAACACUUGUGGAGUGGACUUUACAGUGGUGUACAUUGAUGUGCAGUAUAAACCUGAUGAAGUUCAUUUAAACAAGAAUACAACAAACAAAGUCUGUGCGGGAAUUACUAUAAACUUCACAUGCAGUGCUGAAGCUAACCCAGCAGUACAUACUUACUUGUUGUAUAAAAAUGAUACUGUGAUUUACAAUACAACACUGGGAACGGUGAUAGAGACAGUGGAAAAUGCUGGCCAGUUUGUGUUCAGAUGUGAGGCCAAUAAUUCUGUUGAUGAAGGGACUGGAAGAAGCAGUGAUACUUUGUUGACCGUUCAUGAGCCUGCAACUAUUGUAACACAGGAACGAAAUAAAACUCCAGAUGAAGGUGAUAACGUUGUAGUGUACUGUAAUGUGACUGGCAUUCCUGAUCCAACUGUUGUGUGGAAGAAUGUCAAGACUGGUGAAAUCAUUGAGGGAAAUCUGUUGAACAUCACCAACAUAACUAAGGCUCAAGCUGGAGAAUACAACUGCACUGCAAACAACACUUGUGGAGUGGACUCUACAAUGGUCAACAUUGAUGUGCGGUGUAAGAAAAUAACUGUUACAUUGUUAUAUUUUUGUACAGGUCUAAUCUCAUGGUCCUACUAUUAUUAAAUGUUAGUUUCCAUAAUAGUGUUUCAAGUGCAAUGCACAAGUAAGUACCAAAAAAAGAGAGAGGACAAAGGUUUAUUAGUUGAAAGUCUUUGUGACCUGCUACUGAAGUAUCAGGAAGGCUUGCGUGUUCUUUUCUGACAAACUCAUCACACAACCAACUGGUGUUCACAUCCAGAACAAGAAACCUGUCUCCCUGCCUGUUCCA